AUGGGAGGUGCCAAAAUUGAAAUUAGAAAAUCUUUCUCAAGAAACAACUUUAUGGUUGCCUAUAAUAGGAAUGAGUAUAAUGCAACUUUUUCUCAAAAAAAUUUCAUGGAGAAAGGGUAUUAUUAUACAUUUUCAGCUUGGGUUAGAGUUAGUGAAGGAAGUGAGACAACAGUGUCUGCUGCAAUAAUAACUAAAGAAAAUUCAAAGAGAGUUAUUGCCUCUGGAAAUGCUUAUCCUGGUUGUUGGACCAUGCUUAAAGGAGGCUUUCAACCAGAAUUUCCUCUUCCAACAGAGUUGUAUUUUGUAUGUUACAAUAAGACAGUUGACUUUUGGGUGGAUAAUGUUUCCUUAAAAGAGUUCAACAAAACCGAAUGGCUUCAACACCAACAGAGAGCCAUAACAAGGGUAAGAAAGAGGAAAAUAGUGCUAGAUAUAAAGGACAAAUUAGGAAAACCAAUCCGUGGAGUGAAAGUAAAUAUUAAGUUCACAAAACCAUAUUUCCAUAUUGGUUGUGGUGUUACUGAUACACUAUUACAACACAAGAAAUACCAAGAAUGGUUUCUUAAAAAAGGUUUUACUGCAAGUGUAUUCACAAAUCAAAUGAAAUGGUACUGGACAGAAAGUCGAAGAGGAAUCGAAAACUACACAAUACCAGAUGCCAUGUUCCAAUUCUUCAAGAAAAAUAAGAUAGAAAUAAGAGGACAUACUGUUCUAUGGGACAAACCAAAAAUGAAUCAAUAUUGGUUACAUGAUAUGACACCUAAAGAGCUUUUGGCUACAGCAGUGAGACGUCUCGCGUCUAUCAUGGCACGUUACUCAAAUGAUAUUUUUGAGUGGGAUGUUGUGAAUGAGAACUUACACUUCAAGUUUUUUGAAGAAAAGAUUGGACCACAGGCUUCUGGCAUGUUUUAUCACAUAGCUCAUGUUAUAGAUCCGAAUGCAACGUUAUAUUUGAAUGAGUUUAAUAGCCUUGAAAUUCCGGGAGAUGUAUAUGCAGGUCCACAUAAGUAUAUAAAUAAAUGGAGAGAGAUCAGAUCGUAUCCAGGAAAUGAGGAUUUGACGAUAGGAUUUGGACUGCAAGCUCAUUUUGGUUUGGGAAAACCAUUGAUGCCGUACAUACGAGCUGUCCUUGAUUUUUUCAAUGAAACUCAAAUGCCCAUUUGGUUAACUGAAAUGGAUGUUCCUAACAAUUCAAAUCAGGCACUUUACUUGGAAGAAAUCAUGAGAGAAGCAUUUUCACAUCCAGGAGUGGAAGGAAUAAUAGUGUGGGCACCAUGGAAGCCAGGAAUGAAUUGCACUAGUUUGUGCUUGAUGGAUGACAAUUUCAACAACACACCAGCAGGAGACAUUGUAGACAAGCUCAUGGCAGAGUGGAGAACUCCUGACCAAAAUGGAAAAACAAAUUCUGAAGGACUUUAUAGAUAUGAUGGUUUUCUUGGAGACUACAAUGUGGGUUGCAUAUCUCGUUUGUGUGCACGGGAUUCUGAACGAAUUCAAAACAUCUUGUCGGAGAUUUACAACUUGCCAAAAAACCUGUUUGACUGGUGCAAGAAAAAAUGCCCUUCACGUUCGCAGACCCUAGACCACGUUCGCGGAGGCCAGGCAGCCUGGUGGCCACGUUUGCAAGGUCCUGGCCGCGUUCAAAGGGCUCACAUUCGCGAGGUCCCUACCGCGUUUGCGGACCAUGUUUCCUCUUGGCCACGUUUGUGA